AUGGCCGCCAAAGCCAAUGGCCAGAACGGCCUCACCGCUGCCCAGCUCAAACGCCCCGUCAUCGGUCGCGGCCUCUCCUCUCCCUACGCGCCCCUCCCACCAACCGACUUUCCCUCCCUAUUCAUCGGUCUCCUCUUCCAGAUCUACACCAUCUUCAUCGAGCCUAUCCUCUGUCACCUUCGCCUCACUCGCCCUGGAGGAUUCGAUCCCACGUAUGGCCGGUCGAAGAUCCCACCCAAUGCCUUUGAGAAGCACUUUGUGCUAGAGAACCCAAAGAUCAAGUACAGACAUGGAAAGACGUUCAUCUCUAGUAAAGGUCUGUCAAAAGGGAACAGCUGGGACAAGGAGGGAGAUGCAUUCGUCGCCUAUACCACCUUUUGGUGUCCCGAAGCUGUUGCUGAGUGUGGCUUCACGGCAGAUGUGGUUCUCCUGCACGGUAUCAAUGACCAUGGUGCCAAGCUUGCCCCUCAUGGCCACAAGUUUGCCCUCGCCGGAUUCCGAGUCAUCCUCGUCGACUUGCCCACCUUUGGCAACUCUUCUGGUCUGCACGCCUACAUUCCCUCGCUGAAGAUCCUCAUCGAGGCAGUACAUGCAGUCCUGUACGACGUCAGGGAUCACGACCUGACAGAGAGGGAGGGAGGACCCUUUGUGGUGACUGACACGCGGCGGAAGCUCUUCCUCGAGGGUCACUCCAUGGGCGGAUUCACAGCACUGUACUAUGCUGCCCUCUAUCCCCCUGCCACCGAGGAAGAGCUCAGGAAUGGUGGCUUGGUGGGAAAUAGAUGGAGACCGCACGUUGAUGGAGUGGCUGUUGCUGCGCCUAUGAUUGGGAUCAGUCCAGAAUCCCGUCCGUCGUAUGCCGUCGAGCUCUUCGCAAAGACGAUGCGCUUCUUCCUCGGCCGCCUCCCCGUCGCAAGUGCCGUCCGCGGCAAAGUAUCCGACGAUGAGCGCGUCGAGACUGAAUUCCACCUGGACCCCAUGACCUACAAGGGCCGCUUACGCAUUGCAACCGGUCUUGCCAUUCUUGAAGGACUGAAUGACUUACAAGAGAGGGCGGAAUUGAUUAGGUGCCCUGUGCAGUUCCAUCAUGGAGAUCAUGAUAGGGCUACUAGUUGGAAGAGCUCGAAGGAGUUCUUUGAGAGGUUGCCCGCGGAGGAUAAGGAGUAUAGACUGUGGAGCGGUUACGAACACGUAAUGAUGAAGAACGUCAAGGGACAAAGCGAGGCAGAUGACCGGAAGCGAGACGCUGUACUUCAGGAGAUUACCGACUGGCUGGUCAGACAGGCUCGUAAGGAGUAA